AUGUCAGUCUACAUCGAUAAUGCCUGCGCUCAAACUGGAGUGAGCCGUUUUAUGCAGCUUUACGAUGCUUGGGAGUAUAACAAAACCGAAACCCUUACUCCGGAAGAUAUGGAGAGGUUCGAUUUUUUAAUGAUUGGCACUUACACUGGAAACCUCAAAGAUAUCGUCACAAAAAACUACAGUACCUACCACAGAGUUAUGUUUGCCAUUCCAGCUUUCCAUAGGUUUACUUUGAAGUGA